AUGCAGGACGCUGACGAGCAAACGUUCAACUGCAUUGACGAGGCGAAUGCGAUUAUUAACGAUGUCAAGGGGCAUGUGGCUGAAAUCGUAAUGUCCACAAAGCUGGAAAGCAGUGCCACGCAGAUCUAUCUCAACAUUCGCACCAUAGAAAGUGCCACCUGCUGUGUACAAGUGACGAAUCGAGGAUUCAAAAUAGUCUCCUCGCUGUACGACACCAUCGAUGAGGAUAAGGCGGUGAAAUCCUUAUUGCGGGAGAACGGCGAGGCAGAGGAGGAUGAUGAGAUAUUUGAGACACCGUAUGCACUGCUGGACAAGAUUAGUCCACGCUAUGUUGAAUCGUUUGGCAAUAAGCUCUGUCAACAGCUGCGACAGCUUCAGCAAAUGCGCACUGAAUUCCACGAGGAAGACGAAGAAGAGGAGGAUGAGGAGAAUUAAUUCAAGGGGGACUUUCAAACUGAGGCUGUACUCAUUAAACACAAGAUUUUAAUGUUAGUUUAUUUAUGUAAUUUAUGUGUACUCGUAACCAAGAAAGUAUUUCGGAUAGUUUAGCAAACCCAAAAAUCGAACCACUUUAGACUUUUAAGCGUUUCAAGAAUAAAGAUUGUGAUUGCAAUUCCAAA